UGCAGUGCUUUAAAUUAUGGUUCUGUUGGUUUUAUUUUUGGUCAUGAAAUGUCCCAUGGAUUGAGUGGCACUGGUCUAGAGUAUGAUGGAAAUGGAAAUCACAUUCUAUGGUGGCCAAGCGAAAUGAUUCAUGAAUAUUUGAAGAAGGCUAAAUGUUUCGUGGAUCAAUUUAAUAACUAUAAUGUAAGUGGAACGCAAACUCUGAGUGAAAAUAUUGCUGAUACUGCAGGUUUGGUUGCAGCUUAUAGAGCUUACAGGAAAAAAAUGAAGAAAGGCAGAAAGGGUCAAAGUUUACCAGGAUUGGAAACUUUAGAUUCAAAUAAACUUUUUUUCAUUUCUUUUAGUAUGACAUUUUGUCAUACUGCAACAUCGCAAAUUUCAGCAUUAGAUGAAACUGAUACACAUUCAAAAAGAUCUGUCAGAGUUAAUGGUGCCGUGGCGAAUGUGGAAGGAUUUAAUGAGGCAUUUAAGUGCAAUAAUGUCGAAAAAUGCACACUUUGGAAUUGA